UCAAAAGUGAAAACAUUGAACCAAAGGCGACGACACUGGCAGCUGUACUGCGGCCUGCGGGUAUUGCAGAAGCAAUUCUCCCCCAAAUUGUUCGUCGGAAGUGUAACCCUCUCCUUCGUAGAAUAAUUGCUUGUCGGAAGUGCAACCCUCUCCUUCGUGGAAUAAUUGCUUGUCUUCCCUCUCUCUCCACCGGCGGUUGCCGGCGCAAAGCUGGAGCUUGGACGCGGCAAGGACAAAAUGCAGCCUUCAUAUAGCAUAAGAAGUGCCAGCAUGACACUUGAAGACCUGAUAUGACUCAUCCUAGUUAGACUUUUUUGUUUUUCUGAGAAAUCCUAGUUAAACUCGCUCGCCUUAUAAAUCUUCCGCAGGCUGACAGUGGUUUUUGCCUCGACUGGUGCCGAAAAGAUAAUUUUCCGAUCGACGUCGGCAAUGAACCGGCGUCAGCGAGCGCUGCUCAUCAGAAGUAUAGUCUUCCUCUCCGUUGUCAACUCCCUAUCCCUUGCUUUCUACUUCUUCCUCCACCCUCCCACUCAUCCGACCCCCGAAACCCUAAACUCAUCCGUAACCACUACCUCCCUUAAGCCCUGGCCUUUCCUCCCAUCCUUCCUCCCUUGGAAUCCUAGCCCCAAGCCUCCUCUCCGCUCCUGCGAGGCGUACUUCGGCAACGGAUUCUCUCGCCGGAUCGAGGCCCACGGUGGUGGCGGGUGGUUCCGGUGCUUCUACAGCGCGACGCUCAGGAGUUCAAUAUGCGAAGGGGGACGCUUGCGGAUGGAUCCGAGCAAGAUCAAGAUGUCGGUUGGAGGGGAGGGUUUGAAGUCAGUUAUGGGGCGGAGGGAGGAGGAGGAACUUCCCGAGUUUGAGAGUGGAUCCUUCGAAGUUGAGGGAGAUGGAAGCAACGGGAGCCGCGCUGGUGGGAGGGUGUUGGAUGAAGAGUUUCUCGAUCGGUAUGUUCCGCAAGGGGCUAUACAUUUUCACACAAUGCGAGGAUUGAUGGAGUCGAUGAGAUUUGUUGAGCCCGGGAAGCUCCAAUGCUCGCAGUGGAUAGAAGAACCUACAAUUCUGGUGACACGUUUUGAGUAUGCAAACCUUUUUCACACAGUUACUGAUUGGUAUAGCGCAUAUGUCUCUUCCAGAGUUACAGACUUGCCUAACAGACCUCAUUUGAUAUUUGUUGAUGGCCAUUGCAAGGCACCGCUGGAGGAAACUUGGGAGGCACUCUUUACUAGCGUCAGAUAUGCCAAACAUUUUACAGGCAGCGUGUGUUUCCGGCAUGCGAUACUUUCACCUUUGGGGUAUGAGACAGCCAUGUUCAAAGGUCUAUCUGAAUCAUUUAUUUGCCAAGGGACAACGGCAAACAAUCUGAAAGCAAGCCCUGAGAACCAUAAAACUGCCAGAUUAUCAGAGUUUGGAGAAAUGCUUCGAGCAGCUUUUGGUUUUCCGACUGAUGAAAUCUCACUAAAGAGACCAUCCACAGUUCAUAAUGUCCUCUUUGUCCGUCGCGAAGAUUACUUAGCUCAUCCUCGCCAUGGUGGAAAAUUGGAGCCCCGGUUGAGUAAUGAGCCUGAGGUUUUUACUGCAAUACAGAACUGGGCAGCUAACCACACUAAAUGCAGCUUAAAUGUUGUUAAUGGUCUCUUUGCUCAUAUGUCGAUGAAAGAGCAAAUCCUUGCCAUUUAUGAGGCUUCAGUUGUUAUAGGGGCUCAUGGAGCUGGGCUUACACACUUGGUCUCAGCAAGAUCAAAAACAAUCGCUCUUGAAAUAAUCAGUAGCCAAUAUCAGCGUCCACAUUUUUCAUUAAUUUCUCAAUGGAGAGGUCUAGAAUAUCAUGCAAUUAACCUUGCUGGAUCAUAUGUCAGACCUGAAAUGGUCAUUGAUGAGCUCAGUAGCAUAGUGAGGAGCCUUGGAUGCUAACAAGCGGUAUGAUUUGGAAUUUCAGUUCACCAAAUCUCA